GGUUUUGUAUUGGCAAUCUAUUUAAUGUCUGAUGUUAAUUCUUGGUGAGUCAUGUGACUUUCAUUGUGUAAUUGUUCCGGGGUAUUGAAGAGUUGUUUUUAAUGUUUUGUAGUGUUUUAUGAAGAGCUUUUAGCUUGAAACAUCACCCAAGGUGGGAACCUAAUAAAUUGUUAUUUUAUGGGAGCUCUGGUGCGCCGACCUUUUCCUCUUUUAUACUCAUGUGCAGUGUUGCCAGAUUAGUUUGAUGUUUCCCAGAACAAUGAUUGUUCAAAACCCACCUGAAGGUAAAAACAAUACAAAUAAUGCACAGUUUAUGUCUUGAUUCCUUUGCUCUCUGUCUGAUUGUUAUUUUAUGUAGUUAUUAAAUUAUAGCAUUUCUUUGUUUAGCAUAUUUAAUGGCAGGCUAUGAGCAAGUACCUGGAAAUACACAUAACAGAUGAGAAUGUGACUGAGGACUGACAAGAGCACAAGAGUUGAAGCUGUGGAGGUUCAUGCCUUUUAGGGACAAAGAUACAGACCAAAAUAAAUGAUUACAUGACAGAACAGCAGAGUCAGGGGCAUCAGAUUGAAAGUGAAAGUGGCACUGUGGAAUAUAAAAGCUCUGCAACAGGCUUCUGACAAGUCAGCACCUCAUCUGAAGGAAUCAACAUCAGCAGUGAACUGAGAGCUGCAUCACUCAACGUGUAGCACAGACUACAGAUCAGGCAAUCUUCAGAUUAAACACAGAAAUCUGAGUUCUGCACGUGUGUUUUUGAAUCUACACCGGGCCAACCGUCAGUGGAUUCGUCGAUAGAAAAAGAUCCUAACAUAAAGAAAAAUGUCUUGGAGUGAUAUCUUCUACCCUGAAAAUCCUGAAAGAAGGGAGCAGCUUAUCCGCAAGAAUCAAGAACUGAAAGAACUGAUGAAAAACAACUUCCGUGCCACCAACCAACUCAUUGAGGUUCUGAACAAGCACUUGUGUUUGUCCUUCAGUCCAAUCUACCUGAAUGAGAAAGCUACUGUCAAGCAGAACUGUGAUGUAAUGAUUGAAUGCAUUCAUAAGAUCCAGGCAGAAGUAGGAAGGAUUGAUAAAGAGCUGAAGAAGAAUCUGGAACCCACCCUGUAUGAGAAACUGCGAAACAACAAGUCUCUGUCUACUACAGACUUGAAACUGGUUGGAAAUGUUAUUAGUGCAGUUUGUGGCAUUGCAGCUGUGACAUCUACUUUUGUAGUUGGUUGGCUAAUUAUGAAUGGAAUGAUUCUGGCAAGAAUAACAGCCAUAUUUACUACAAUUGGAACAGGGUUAUUAGCCUCUUGUGUGUUGGGGGUGAUUUUCAUGGGGGUUGAUAUGAUUGUUUCAGCCAUUCUAGGGAGUAUUGAGCGUGAUCAGCUUAAGAAGGCCCUGAAAGAGUAUGAUGAAGUUUUGGAUGAAUUCAGGCCAGCAUCUGAAAGAUACCAGGAUAGCAUAACCUAUGUCAGGAUAAGACUUGAAAUGAUGGAAAAAUAAGAAAAUUAAAAAAACAAUUAUAAUCUGAGUGAUCGGUGGCUUUUCUUCUUGUAUAAUUUUGUGUUUUGUAGUUACAAAAUACUUUUUUCUGUCAGAAAUGUUUGCUGGAAUUAAAAAACAACACUUAUUAUGAAGAAUCUAGUGGAAAUAAAUCACAAUUCUCCUGUUUGACCGUUCCCUAGUUUGCUAAAAAAGAUAUUAAUACCAGUAGUUCAUAAAUGGUAGUUGCUGAUAUUAAUUAGGAUUUUUUAUAUUUCAGCACAAAUGUAAAAGGGAAAAUUCACUUAGUCAAAUAUGUAUUUUUUUUCUCAUUUGUUGUCUUUGAAUUUUACGUGUUCAACCAGUGAAGAUCUGUAGCUAUUUUUGGCUGUUUGUUAAAUGUAUCUGUACUUCCAUCUGCCAUCAUCCAUGUCUUUCUCAAUUCAUUAAAAUGAAUAGUUUAACAGAAUUUACUAAUGACUCCUGAAUUUAAUAAAUAUGAACACUUAAAGUCUCUGUUUAUUUGAAUCUCUCUGUAUAUUAUUAGAGAAGAAUGUCUGCUUCUGAAAUCUAAAGGGCAGUGUUUUUUUUCCUGCUAUAAUUACAGUUAAAAAAAAAAUCAUUGUAUCUUAGACUCCCCCAAUGUUCAAAUGCAAAGUUUAUAUCUUAAUUCAUAAUGUAUAUCUCAGUUAAAAUGACACUGGACAUUUUUUU